AUGGACUUGGAUCGUUGCGUCUCGCCAUCUACCAUGCUGUCCAAGAAAUUUCUGACUGUGGGCAGCGGCUAUGCCAACUCGGAUGCAUCUGAACUUGCCUUUCAGGACCAUCCUAUUAUAUCCUCCGCUGACAACCUGGAGAGAAGCUCACCUCUGAAAAAAAAUUCCAGGGGGAUGACGAAUCAUUUAGAGGCAGACAAUUUUUCUGACUCCAAAGACGCACCUAGGGACGUCCAGAGAAGCAAACUGUCUCCUGUUCUGGAUGGAGCCCCUGAGGUUCGUCACAAUUUCGAUGGAUCUGCUGCAGAAAGGUAUAUCCUGUCUCAGUCCAGCCAACCCCAGCCAGUGCCUGCGUCUACUGGUGCUAUGUUUCCCUACCCCAGCCAGCAUGGACCGUCGCAUCCGGCUUUUUCUAUUGGGAGUCCCAGCCGCUACAUGGCUCAUCAUCCGGUAAUAACCAAUGGAGCGUACAACAGUCUCUUGACCAACACUUCUCCGCAAGGCUAUCCAACAGCGGGCUACUCUUACGCGCAACAGUAUGGACACACUUACCAAGGGGGGGCUUUCUACCAGUUCUCCUCGGCGCAAGCUGGGCUCGUGCCCGGUAAAGCUCAGGUCUAUCUGUGCAACAGGGCUCUGUGGAUCAAGUUUCACAGACAUCAGACAGAAAUGAUCAUCACCAAACAAGGAAGACGGAUGUUCCCGUUUUUAAGCUUUAAUAUUUCUGGGCUUGAUCCGACUGCACAUUAUAAUAUUUUUGUGGAAGUAAUUCUGGCCGACCCCAAUCACUGGAGAUUCCAGGGAGGAAAGUGGGUGCCGUGUGGCAAAGCGGACACAAAUGUGACAGGGAAUAGAAUUUAUAUGCAUCCAGACUCCCCGAACACCGGAGCCCACUGGAUGCGCCAGGAAAUAUCCUUUGGAAAACUUAAGUUAACAAAUAACAAAGGAGCUUCUAACAAUACAGGACAGAUGGUGGUUCUACAGUCUCUUCAUAAGUAUCAGCCCCGGUUGCAUGUCGUGGAAGUAAACGAGGACGGGACGGAGGACACUGCUCACCCCGGACGAGUACAAACGUUUAGUUUCCCUGAAACGCAAUUCAUCGCGGUCACAGCCUACCAGAAUACAGAUAUUACACAGUUAAAAAUCGACCACAAUCCAUUUGCAAAAGGGUUUCGGGACAACUACGACACCGUCUACACAGGUUGCGACAUUGACCGUCUGACGCCGUCGCCUGGUGAUUCUCCCCGCUCUCAGAUCAUGCCUGGUGCGAGGUACGCCAUGGCUGGCUCUUUCCUGCAGGAACAAUUUGUCAGCAGUUAUGCCAAAUCCCGUUUCCACCCUGGCGCGGGGACCGGGUCUGGCACGGACCGCAGCGUCCCACUUAGCAACAGCUUGCUGUCCCCACAACAAGCCGAGGAGGUCGCGGCGGCUUCCCCGCAGCGAUGGUUUGUCACCUCAGCCAACAACCGACUGGACUUCGCAGCCUCGGCGUAUGACGCCGCAGCCGCCGCUGAUUUCGCCGGGAACGCGGCGACCUUGCUGUCUUACGCGGCCGCUGGAGUCAAGGCACUUCCUCUGCCCACACCGGGAUGCUCAGGGAGACCUCUGGGUUACUACCCCGACCCCUCGGGGUGGGGUGCGCGCAGUCCUCCACAGUACUGCAGUAAGUCCGGCUCUGUUCUGUCCUGCUGGCCCUCCAAUGGGAGUCGAACUGGCGCCUCCAGCUACCUGGUGGACGAUGCGGACACCCUCUCAACGGAGAGAUCCUCGCUCGGUGGAUCCGAGGACGCCAAACCAAAAGAGCUCUCGGAAUCCAGUUGGAUAGAGACACCUUCUUCCAUAAAGUCCAUCGAUUCGAGCGACUCUGGAAUUUUUGAGCAGGCCAAACGGAGGCGAAUAUCACCUUCGGCCACGCCGGUUUCGGAAACCGCUUCCCCGUUGAAAAGUGAAUUGUUGACACCCCGGGAUUGCGAGAAAAACUGUGCUAAGGACAUUGGGUACUACAGUUUUUAUUCACAUAGUUAG